AUGUCUCAACCUGCUCUUUUCAGCGCACCACGCCGAUUUGGGCGUUAUGAGCCAUUCCGGCGAUAUGACCAUCUUUCAUCAGGGCAUGCCAGUGUUGGAAGUAAAUCCGUUGGGAAGAUGACGGUGGACUGCCGUUUUCUCUUCAAAAAGUCAAGAUGGGGUGUUUUGGGCGAAAGCCAAUUCCCUGCUGGUAUCCUCUAUCUUGACCUUAAUUUUGGCCCACCCCUAGGCUGCAAAGUCAAAAGCGCGACAGUCACUGUUACGCUUGAUGACAGUGACGAUUGUCUUCGCUCUUUAACACGUGAUGACAGAGAUGUGCAUCACAAUUCCAACUGCUCUCUUGAGAUGACAGGUUAUUUUGGUCCUCAGCAGCUUCUGGGUGAAGAAAAGAGUACCGAAUUUAGGCGAACCAUGCGGAUGACUCCUGAAGUUCAAGCGAUGGGUUUUGGCGUUGGUGGUAUCGGUGGCGAGUCGGAAACGUCGUUUAAAGGAUCGUCCAGAUGGACCUUCAUGGGCCAGGUCUUGGCUGGCAAACACCCGUCGUCAUACAAAACUCUCAAAUGGUAUCUCACAGAUAAUGAGCUCGAAAGCCAAGCAUUUCGUAGCAGCUGUGUGCACACCGCAUUUGCCUUCCAACACUCUGGAAAACCUUUCUUGAUGAGAGUUGAUAUCGAAGGCAGGCUUGAGAAGUGGAAUCACAGAAUAAAGAAUAAGCUCAAAUUCGGAUCCAGCUUGAACCCAUCUGAGGGCCAGACAACAACACUGAUCGACUUCAAACAGUGGAAGACGUACGAUCUUCCCUUAGAUGAGUACGCACAGCAACUGCCUAAGAAAAUGUGGCUCGAGAACUACAGAUCAACACCUAUCCAGAUGCCCGACACUCGUGAGGUGCCGUUCAGCCAAGAGGGUAGCCCACCUGGAGCUGAAACUGCACCAUCUCAAAAAGGCACCUUUUUUGUAGAAAAACCCAUACAUGAACCUUCAACCUCACCACCUCCCCCAGACUCAAAACCGACACCGUCGCUUGGAGAUACCGAACUUCAAAGAGUCAUGGAUUGUCUCGCUCGCCCACCACAAGUCCUAGCAGCACAUCGAUUCUCUCAGGAAUGUUCUCAAAGUUCAGCCAACACGGUGGUGGCAGACGAGGAAAGCUCGGACGACAUGUCUGCUGCGAGGACCGCCAAGGGAGAAGUUGCGCCUUUGACGCCACAAGCAGAUCUAGAGGCUAUACAGCGACUACUUCGGGUUCCUGCCAUACUCGCUCUUUUACAACUUCUAUCUAGUAUCGUAGACACAUUUGCACCUCCGCGAAAAAUGGAUGUAACGUAG